AUGGCUCAAUUAACAUACCAGGAUUUAGAAAAUCAUUAUUCUAAAUUUAUAUCCGAAAAUUCAUUAAGAAAGAAAUUAGUCACUUUUUGGCUUCCUGAUCCAAAAUACUCUAAUUUAGAAGAGGAUUCAUUUCUAAAAUCCAAGAAACCAAAAGAUGAUCUUAUUCCAUUGUCUUUGGGUUUGCCAAACCCUGGUUUUUUCCCAAUUAAGUCAAUGGAUUUACACAUUGUUGAUCAUCCCUUUGAUGGAAAGGAUUCGAAAGAGGCUCAUAACAUUGCCUCUGUUACUAAAAAAGACCCAAAUGAGAUGAAUCUACCAUUCGUUUUACAAUAUGGUGAUACUAAAGGCUUAUCUCCUUUACUAGAUUUUAUUGAAGAUUUUGUUAAGAGUGUAGGGAACCAGCCAUUGUAUGAAGAAUGGGAUACUAUUAUCGCCAAUGGUUCAAACGAUUCAUUAUUUAAAAUCUUUGAAACUUUAGCUGAUGAAAAUACAACAGUCAUGGUAGAAGAAUUUACUUUUGUACCCGUCUUAUCGGCAGUCUAUGGUGCUGGCGCUAAGGCAAUUCCAAUCAAGUUGAAUAUUCCUGUUGUCAACCAAAAUAAUUAUCAAGAUACUAUAGAUCGUCCAUUUGAUAUUAAAGAUGAAGGUGUUGAUGUGGACUAUUUGUCUGACUUGUUAGAUAAUUGGUCUACUGGUCCUUAUAAACAUUUACCCAAACCAACAUUGUUAUAUACAGUCACUACUGGUCAAAAUCCAACAGGUGUAGCCACUUAUAUGAAAAAGAAAAAAAAGAUUAUUGAAUUGGCAAAGAUACAUGAUUUCAUCAUCAUUGAAGAUGAUCCGUAUGGCUAUUUAAGAAUGCCUAAAUUUAAUAGAUUGAACCCAGAAGAAAAUUUGUAUGCAAUGGAUGAGUUCUCUAGAAAACGUUAUUUGGAAGAACUUAUGAUUAAAUCCUAUUUGUCAUUAGACGAUGACGGUAGGGUUUUAAGAUUAGAAACAUUUUCAAAAGUAUUUUCACCAGGCUUAAGAUUAAGUUUUAUCAGUGGUAACAAAUAUUUGAUUAAGCAGAUCCAUGAUUAUACCGACAUUAGUACAAGAGGUGCAAGUAGUGUAUCUCAAUCUUUAGUCUAUUCAACAUUACAGACUAUAUCUAAAAGAGACAAUAAACCAAUGGUGGAGGCAUGGUUAGAUUGGAUUAUUCAAGUGGCUAAAGAAUAUACAAAUAGAAGAAAUCAUAUAUUGAAGGCAGCUUAUGAAAGUGAGUCCUUCAAAAAGGGUUAUUUUUCGGUAAUUGAACCUUCAGCUGGUAUGUUUGUUGAUUUUGAAAUCAAUUUUGAUUCAUUGAACGGUGAAUUUUCUGUUAUAGAAGGUAUGAACAGAAUUGAGAAAUAUUUUAUCAAAAACGGUCUUGGUGUUGUCUUGGGUUACAAAAUGGCUUUAGAUACAGAGUUGUCCAAGGAUCAUUGUGGUUUGAUCAGAACUGCUAUUUCUUUUGCUGAUAAACCAGAGGAUUUGGUGGAAGCUAUCAACAGAUUGAACAUCAGUUGUAUUGAAUUUUUUGAAAAAAGAUUAGAAUCAAUUUAG